AAAAAGUAACGCCAAUUUAACAGCACUGUUAAACUUUUAUUAUAAAAAAAUAAAAAAACAAAACAAAGAACAAGCAGCAUAAAAAUAAAAACGGAAGAAUAUUUUUUUUGUUAUAAAUUCUAGGAAAAAUGAGCUUCCGACCCAAAAACAUUAUGAAACGUAUACAGGACAUAGCAGUGGAGGAUUUACAAUAUAUAGAAACUGAUUUAUGUUACUACCAAUUGGUUUCUUUGAGUUUCCUAUUGUUUGGAGCUGAUAGUAACGCCUAUGGUUAUAUAUUACAAAAAUUAAUAAUUAACAACAACCACCUCAGGGGAGGUUUGGGAGCAACAGGCCAACUUGUUACCAGUGGUAUAUUGACAAAUUAUGCGAAUAUAAAUCCUGAAACUUGGCGUUUACAUUUAGUAGAAGCCUUAGCUAUUAUCAGGGCCAAAAGGGUCUUACGCAAACUGGGUUUGCUCUGGCAGGAAAUCUAUCAUCAUUAUUUGCCACAUGUGGCCGAAAUAAGUGUUUAUGUACAUCCAUUACUAAAGGUUUUAUAUAAAAUUGCCGAACGUUUAACACCGGAACAGGCCGGCCGGCUGAUUCAUUAUAUCCAUACAAAAUACGAUGAGUGUCAGCAUUUACGUUUCUAUGAUUAUUCCUAUCUGGAGGUAUUUUUCUUAAAUUGGUUAACGAAAGGGGUGAUUGCUGUGGGCAAUAGAAAUUUGGAAAACUCUAAUAUACAAAUACUUAUUGAAUUUUUUAAAUUUAAUGAUAUGGAUUCAUUUAAGGAUUUACUACUUGAAACCAUAAAUCAACAGUUAGAUAACGUAACUAUUAAUCAAGAACAGCAAGCGGUCAACAAUGAUAGACUGGAGGAGCAGCCGGAAGUGGAUAAAGAUUCCGGCAUUUCUGUAUCGCACGAUUCCUGUACGACUACCCAGCUUAGUGAAGUUAAAGCUGAAUUAUCUGGAGAUUUUGAUGCUGCUGAACGUUAUAAAAUAACUAAAGAGAAUGCUGGUUAUAUUUUGAUAAUAAAUCAAAAUACAUUCUAUGAAGAAACUGAUCCCAGUUUACAGCAUCUAUUACCAGAAAAGAAAUUUAACCCUAAACGUAAUGGUACCGACAUUGAUCGUGAUAGACUUAAAGCAGUAUUUUCUUCCUACGGUUAUAUACCUUUGGUAUUUAAUAAUCUUACACAUUGGGAGAUUUUACAUCACAUACGUGAAACUACUAAGAAAAGUUUGCUUAAAGAUUCCAUUAUUAUUUGCAUGCUUACCCAUGGUAUGGAAGGUGCUGUAUAUGGCUGUAAUUCUAUACCGGUAGCCAUAGCCGAAAUUAAGGAAAUAUUAACUGCUGACACACUGAUGGGAAAACCAAAGAUGCUUUUAUUUCAAGCCUGCCAAAAGCAUGAUCCAAAAGUCGAUACGACAAGUACAAAAUCCAUUCAAAAGUUUUCACCCGAUGCCUAUGCCGACCAUAUUGUUGGGUAUUUCUGCCAUAAAGGGAACCGAAUCUCUAAGAGAUCCCGAAAAAGGUUCCUGAAAUAUGCAAGCAUAUGGCGGGACAUUUUAACGGCUGUUACUAGAGAGAUUUCCAAAAAACGUGCCUCCGAAAAUGAUUUUAUGCUACCCGAAACCUACACCACAUUGCGCAAGGAACUUUAUUUGCCUGCUUAAAGAGGUUAUCUUCUAGUCUUUGAUACUUUAAGCAAAAGCCUGUUUUUAUAGGUCAAUGUCUUUUAAUUCUGUUUAUUUUGAAUUUGAUCUCUAUAGCAGGCUGUUUUAUUUAUUUUUUUUUAAUUUUUUACCAAAAAGUUUUAAAUUAUGUUUGUUAAUUAACACAAAAUUAUUAUUAAACUAAAGUGUACAUAGUUUGUACAAUAGUUUAUGUUUUAAAAAAUUUUUAUUUUCUUUUGCUAAUUCUUCUAAAGAAUUUAAUAAAAUUCAAUUUUUAUAU